AUGGCGCGUAAGCUGGCCGCAGUGGGUGUUUCGUUCACUCGCCAGCAGAACAAGCCACUGCUUCGUAGAACCCUCCUUAAUGUCGUCAUGCAGGACACUUUCUCCAAACUGGACGUGCUACAGCGCUCAAAUCCGCUGUUCCUCGUCAACGCUGCGAAUCUGAUGGGGGAUUACUUCGCCAACGCUCGCCUCAGUAACGGCGACAAGCUUCACUUUCUAGCUGAGCCACUACUGCAAUACUUGCGUGCUUUACUCGCCGCCCAUGAUACACGUGCACAUCACAGUCUCGCUGCACAAUUAAUGCAAAACGGUCGCGAGCUACUCUCCGUAGUAGCUCAAGAGAUGGACGAGCUCUCGGUCUCGAUCCGUCUCCGUCUGCUCUCGUCCCCACCAGUCAGCACAACGUGGCUACUACUCUCCGCAGACCUUUGCCUCAACAAGUUUCUUCCCCUACCGACUACGCUGCAACAGUUUUACACCGCUCAUCUGGUAACAACCACGGAAGAAAAUGUCAGUGAAGCCAGCUAUAGAUGUUGGAAGAAAAGCCCCGAGAAGAACGAGAAUAAACCAGAUGCUGCGGCGCUUGCAGAAGAAGUCAGUCAAAGUAUAUCUCAGAUUAGUCUGCGUAAUAAUGAGGACACGAAGCCUAAGAAAGAACCAAUCUCAGUUAGCCAAGAUACAUGGACAGGUGAUGAUACCUUAAGGAAAAGAUACGACCUUAACUCUUGGCGGCAAACAGAAGAGACGAGAAUAAAGGCUAAUGACUGCCAACAAGGGGGGGAUAUCUUCCAAAGUCACCCCGAAAGAAAUGUGUCUCAGGCCCCAGAAAAGCCAAAAUUAGGCGUUGGAGCUAGGUUAUUGAGACUUAGAGCCCUCUCAAAGGAAUCAAUCUCAGUCAGCGAAGACACAUGGUCAGGACCCGACUCCCGCCCGCCGCACAUAAGUAUGAGAUCACGAAAGGGGAGGAUUAAUGGAAAGAAAGACGGAACAACAGCCAAGGCGACCCCAAGACGCCAUGUCGCCGAAGUACCGCGCAGCGCCAAAUACUGGGGCCACGACGACCGAUGCGUCAAACAUUAUAGUUAGUAGGAAUGUCUUGUAUGUAUGUAUGUAAAUAAUUAUUAAUUUAGGGAAUUGUACAAAUGAAAUUGUU